AUGAUUUCACGCAUGUCAGUCAGAACACACACCCAGUCGGAAACGUUAACGAAGCAGGAUUCAGUGAACAUGCUAAAGAAUAUAAUAAAACUGGGGAUUAGUUUAGUCACCUAUUUAAGAAAUUUGUUUGAGGAAAGUGCGUAUGAAGAAGUACACAUUCAAGAAUUAAAAUUAAAGAGACUUCUACCUAUCAACCGAGAAUCACAUAUGAUAAUUAAUUGGCUUGAAAAAGGAGUAUUCGAGGCUAUAGAGAAGGAAUACCUGCGGAUCCUAAUCUUAGAUAUAAAUGACAUAUACGAUAAUUCCAUUGAAUGCUAUAAAUUUAGUUUUUCCUACAAUUCUGUUAGAGGUAGCAAAAUUGGGAUCAGUUUGGAGACAUCCCAAAAUAAUCAUAAUAAUGGAUGCACAGAUAUCCAAUUGGAAGAAAGAAAAAAAAAUUUGAACCUCAACAGGUUGAAGGAUAUAAAGGACAGAUUACUAAAUAGGAAGAAGACAACAGAAGAAACGUCUUCGUGCUUUAAAAAAGAUGCAAAACAAAAGACAUAUGAGUUGUUAAGGUCGUUAGUAUUACUUACCCAAACCUUAAAUCCUUUACCUGAGCGAACGUACCUCUCCAUGAAGCUACUUUAUUAUGAUGAAGUCGUUCCAUACAAUUACCAGCCCCCCUACUUUAGAAAACCUGACAACAAGGAUUUGUUAAAAUUUGUUAAUUUACCCCAUGAAGAUUAUGUUGGAAAAGUUGACACCGGUCAUCACUACCUUUCCAUUGUUGUCAAUUCUACUAACGCUGGUAAUGAACAACAGGUGAAUUCCUACAACAGCAGCGAGAUGCACAAUCAGGUUAUGUUCAAUACAAAUCGUCAUUCGUACGGUAAAAUGGCAGAUGGGGAUUACUACCAAUAUGAUGGAGGAGAAGGGGCACAUCCUAGGAGAGCGAAAAAUCAGGCUAAUUAUUACGACAAUCCACAUGGUGAUUAUCACUAUGACCAUAAUGGUCAUAUUAAUAAGUACGCAGGUGGUAGAAGCGAGAACAGAUAUAAGGAAGGAAAAUACGAGGAAGAUAGACGGGGGUUCCUGAAGAAGCGACUAGUGAAAAGCAGAAACGGAGGAAAGAAUAGGAAGAACUACAUCGUCAUAGAUGAUGAUCAUAUUGGAGAGGAGGGUAACGACGAUGAGGAGGAGUACGAUCGUGACUACCAUUAUGAUGAGGUAGGGCAAGAGGAAUACAUAGGGAGGAAUAAUGCCAGCGGACGAGGGGUUGCUGAUAAUCGCACUGGGCGUAAUCUUAAGCGACUGGACACUCGCUAUGAGGAAGAACGAGACUCUGACUGUGAUGAAUACAAUGAGGAGGAAGACGAAACGGAGGACAAUGAUGAGGAGGAAGACGAUGAUGGAGAUGAUGAAUCCGAUGGUAACGCCGGUAGUGAUGACAACGAUAGCGAUGAGGACGAUAGUGAGGGUGGUGAUGACGAUGACGAUGAGACAUACUCCAGUCUGAGCGAUGAACGAUCGCGCAAACGAAGAAGGAGUGACAGAAAAAGUGGGACAAAAAGGAGAAGAACCUUAUCGCUAUCUUCAUGGGAUAGCAGAAUGAAUGAGAACAUAUCAGCAUCGCUAGUCAGAGUUAUCAAAUGCAGUAACGACGAGGACGAUAGUAGUAAUUCUGAUAAUAACGAACGCUACAGCAAGAUAGGCAAAAUUCUCUCCCAGACAAACCAAGAUCCAGAUGAACAUGAUUGUGUAAAGGUAGAGAAGAGAGAAAUAGAAGACUAUAGGAAGAAGAAAAAUAAAUACUGCGUUAAAAAUAAGAGCGAACUUGGAAAUUCCUACUAUAGUAGUAAUCCCUACAGGAGUAACCUCGACAAAAUGGCUACCCGCUUGUAUGAUAAUUCCUGUGCCAGUAAUGCUCCAUAUAGAAACAUAAAUAGAAAACCUUCCAACGAGCUGAAUAAGCCCUACGGAAUUCAAAACAGUUCCAAGGCAAACACCAGUCGAUUGUACUCUUCCUAUGGAGUGGAAGGCGCAAAUGACUACCAGGACAAGAGUAAAGAAAGGGACCACUGUGAAAAUAGGAAAAACCACAUGAAAACAUAUAAGGAUAACUCAGCCACGAAGAAGAAAAAAAAAAAUGAAGAAAAAAUAACAUACCAAAAUUUAAAAAACCAAAAAUCCUUGCGUAGAACUUUGGUGGUUAAAUAUAGAAAGAAAAUGAUUAACAAAUUAAGAAUGUAUAUCAUUAAACAUAAAAUUUUGGCUAAGGCAAAAAUAAGAGAAAAAUUCCCGAGUGUGUCCAACUAUGACAUUAACAGCGUUUUGCAUAAGCUUGUCAAGGAGAAUAUAAUUCGGAGGAUGGGAUACAAGUACUAUAAGUUCGUUGAACCUAAGAGCGAUGAGAAGGAGGUCUUGGAGAAGAAGCACGAGGGGGAGCCACGCCCAACGGAAAUCGAACAAACCGAACAAAUCGAACAAACGGAACAAACUAAACAAAUCGAACAAACGGAACAAACCGAACAAAUCGAACAAACUAAACAAACUGAACAAACCGAACAAACCGAACAAACUGAACAAACUGAACAAACUGAACAAACUAAACAAACCGAACAAACUGAACAAACUGAACAAACUGAACAAACUGAACAAAUCGAACAGACGGAACAGGGGGAGCACUCAGACCAAAAGCUCAAAGAGGAAAUUCGCAAAGAGGAUGACUCGGUUGCUGAUACGGUUGUAGGUCCGGAUGUAGGUUCGGUAAGUCCGGUGGUAGGUCCGGUUGUAGGUCCAGUUGUAGGUCCAGGUGUAGGUCCAGGUGUAGGUCCAGGUGUAGGUACAGGUGUAGGUACAGGUGUAGGUACAGUUGUGGAAGCACCUCACGACCGCACCGCGGAGCAGCGGCCAAACGCAGAUACGAAUUUCAUCGACAUGUCCAAAGAGGAUAGCGUGAAAAAUUCGCAGACCGCAAAUAGUUAUGAAAAUAGCCUGCUGAACAAUAGUUCCGAUCCCCCCGAAAGUCAGGAGACCAUGCAACAGAUAGAAAAAGUGGAUGAAAACAACAUGAACCAAAUUAAUAACGAUAUACAAAAGCUCUACAACGAUGUGUACAACUUGUGCAUUAGGACCAAAUAUGUGAAUAAAGAAAUUGUUACAAAGGGACUUAACAUUUAUCCUUUGCUCGCCAAGCCCUUAAUAGAUAGACUUUUACGAGAGGGAGUUUUGAAAAAAAAAGUGGUGAAAAAUAAGGGGUACGAAAGUAACAUCUUUGUCCCCAUUGAAAAUGCCUAUAUUGCUAAUAACAGGGCGGACGAAGUAAGCGUCAAGUCCGAUGCACCAGAUGGGAAUUGCGCCCUUGCGAAGAAUAUCGCAGACGAGGAAAAAAGUUGA